GGCAAUGUCCCAUCCUGAACAAGGAUACCAAAGUUUGGAGAAUUUGCACUUUGUUGGUGCUACUUCAUCGGAUUCCUUAUCAAUGCCACCAUCGCCGCCGCAAUCUAAAGAGAAAAAAGUUCCAUCUACUGGUGUCAAAGUGGCUUCGUCUUCUUCCAAAAGGAAAAGAAAUAUCAUCAAUAUUGGUGAUGAUGUAGUGGGCGAAAGGACUGUGCAGCGUAUGUCCUAUACACCCGAGGAGUAUGAAAGAUUGGCAAGCACUUGGCUGGAGUGUUCAACUGAUCCUAUCGACGGAAAUGGAAAGAAGGGUGAAAAGUUCUGGGAUGAUAUUGCUGCUCUAUACAAUAGUACCACACCAAACAAUCGAAAGAGAGACCCCAAUCACCUGAAGCAAGAGUGGCAAAGGACUAAGAAAAGGCUCAGUCUUUUCCAUGGUGUGUGGGUUGCUGUAACUAGUGUGUAUCAUAGUGGUUACAAGCCUGAAGACCUGGAGAAAUUGGCCUUGGAGAAGUAUGAAGCCAACAACGGCCAUCCUUUCCAACAUUUGACACUCUGGGCAAAACUCAAGGCUGAAGGGAAAUGGCUAUCGUGUUACAAUAAAAUGAAAGGGAAUGAAGAGAAGAGUACAUCUGCAGGGACCAAUCUUGCAACAAAUGCAGUCGAUUUGGAGGGAGAGGAACGCCCACCUGGUCGUGAUACAUCUAAGGUUGAACGUACAAGCAAAGGCAAGUCAGGUGUCUCUCAGGAACUUGGAGAAAGAUUAGAUAAGUUCAUUGAGGUUAGCAAUCAGUCCGCGGAGGAUCGCCAGAAGGUGAUAGAGAGCCAGUUGCUUCUUUCAAAUCGACAACUUGAAACUGCAAAGAUCAAUAGCAGGGCAAAACUGAUGGAUUCUUAUACCAAUCUGCUGUUAGCUGACACGUCUAAGAUGGAUGAUUUUGAAAAGGCUCAGCGAGUUAUUACCCUGAAGAAUAUGCAGACCACAUUAUUUGCAGAUUCAGGUGAUCAAGGGGAAAAGAAUACCAACAAUUUCUAAUGGCAAACGGCUGGAAGAUGACCAUGCUGCUACUUUUUGAUGAACGAAGAUGCCCAUUCAGCUACUUGUGAUGAAUCGGUUCUGCUGCUUGUACUUUUGGCAUUUUUAACUUAUUACUAAUCAGUUACUUUU